AUGCGCAUAUUCUCCAGCUUUGACUAUGAGACCUAUUUUGGACCUGGUGUGCGCUACGAGCCAAUACGGGACGGCUUUUUGGUGUUUCCACCCCUCUAUCCAGAUCGCGUCUUCAUCCUCCAGGCUUCCGAGCACCCCCUGCUGCAGCAGCAGAGGCAGCAGCAACAACAGGAGGAGGAACCUGGGCCGGAGUGGCUUCGCGUGACCCCCGACGCAAAAGUUAAAAGAGCUGCCGCUGCUCUUGCUGGAGCUGACGGCUAUGGGGCCCCCGAGUUCGAGCUAGGGGGCCCCCAUGGAGCCACUGGAGCCCCCGGACUUAUCCCAGAAAGGUCCCCCUCCUACGUGAACCCUAGAAACCCCUUCCUGAGGACUGGAAGGCUCAUGGAAUACGAGCGAAGAGAAGCCGACUCGGGGCCUCAGCAGCGCCAGAAGUGGGGUAUGGACGACGUGAAGGGCGAUAUACCCAGGGGCCCCCAGGGGGCCCCAAAUGACCGCUUCAAGCUGCACAGAAGCUGCUGUCGCCGAAACUUUCGGGAGGCUGCUUGUGGUGUUGUUGCUGCUGCUGUACAGGAGUUGGUGGAUUCAGUGGACUGGACUCGCGAGCACCCGACCCUUGUGGACAAGAACCACUACAAGAGGUCCUUUUUGGAAACGGGGAUAGGGGAUCCAAACCGCAACACCGACAGUUACUUCGAUCCUCAGUUCUUCGGAGCUGUUGAAGGGCCCCCGUAUGCUGCGGAUGCUGGAUCUUCCUUUUCAUGGGCCCUCUACUGGGUCCCCUGGCUGGCGAAGAAGCACAUCAGGGGCGGUCAACCCAUCAAAAGUGAUUGCUUCUCCCUUGGCGGCAUUGACCCCCUUCAGCUUUGGUUUUACCCAGAUGGAACCCCUGAGUCGCUCCCUGGAUUUUGUUCGCUAAAACUCAUCACCAGGCCUGGGUGGCACCUGCCAUUCCCCGUCACCUUCUGGGUGCAGGGUGCCCCUGCCCUGCCUCACUUCCAGCGCCAGAAGCGACAAGAAUGGCGGCAGCAAGAGCAUCAGCAGCACAAGAGGGCCCAAAGCCGCAGAACAACCUCCAAAGGAUCCCACAAAACACAGCCUGUCGCUCCCCACCAUGACCUCUCGAGGCCCUCCAGAGUCUCGGUGGGGCCGAUCUGGAGGGAACUCCUCGACAAGGGGAGCUACCAGGUGUCUAUGAGCCCUCCUCCUCUGCCGCCCUCAGAACUCCCUUCUGAAGCUGUUGCAAUACAUUUCAAUCCGGAGACGGAUGUCGUUUUAGACGCCUUUGGAGGGGUGCAAGUGGGCGUCGCCGUAGGAGAUCAGGAAUGGGAGUGGGACGGAGGUGCCGUGGACUAUGAGCAGUGGCUAAAGAGGCAAAGCGCAUAUCCUGACGAUAAUGAGCUUGAGCAAACACUGCCCCCAGACUUCACUCACAGUCCCCACUACGAAAAUUUCAAAUAUGCAGACGUUCCCGAUAAACACUUUUCUCGCUAUUUGCCGGCUGCACUCCCCCCAGCAAUCACAGGAGAGAGGCUCGAGGCUGCACUCAUGAGGCCUGGGAACCCUUACUAA